ACAGAAAUUAAUUUCUUUCAGAAAAAUGCGGCUCUUAUGAUUUUACCGUUGCUGUUUCCAUCGAUCAACCGCCGCAAAGGAACAAAAUCUAAAGACAAUACCACUAUUGAAAAAUACUCCAAAGCAGAAAUUCAAUUUUUGGUUUAUGUACAGCAAGAAGAUCUUUUGCGAACGACUCUGGAACAGCGGGACAAGCGAUUCGAAACUAGCAAGACCAAAGAGCAGCCUAUUGUCAUUUUGGUCGGCAAACCUGGUACUUCACUAAUGAACAAUACUACGUUAAUAGAAGGUACCCACGACUGUAUGACAGUAGACAACACUGUUGCAAAUCCCAUCGCCAAUUCUUCCAAUUCCGAAAUAUCAGAUGACCGUGAAGUUCCAUAUUUGAAGCUUUUUUCAAAAAUUUGGUGCAACCAAUACCUUCCUCGAAAAUAUGCAUACGAAAUUGUAAACAAUGUAAAUAGUUAUUUCGCCGAUGAGGUAAAUUCAUUAAAACAAGAUAUUUUAGAGAAACUUACACAUCAUAAUCUGCCAUGUAAUAUUUUAUCAGACAUUACCACAAUUUUUAAUAACGUUGCUUCUACUCGGUUAAGCUCAAAAUUAUCUAGUGAAUAUAAAUGCAUUAAAUUCUUUAAAGAGGGGGGCCUUUACAUUGAACCAAUCUCUGUAGUCAUCGGUAGUCGUCAAAAAAUUGUAAAAAAGAAUAAUUUAACAACCACUUCUUAUGUAAAUGCCACCGCUACAUUCAUACCGAUACGUAAAAUUUUACAGAAAAUAUUCGAGGUACUUAAUGUUUUUACUGCUACAUUAGAAUACAUUAAUUAUUUGCGAAACGAAAAAAAUAUCAUUUCUAACUUCAUUCAAGCCAACCUGUGGAAAACUAAAUCUAAAUCAUUUCAUCCUGAUCAGUUAGUAUUACCUUUAUUUCUGUAUUAUGACGACUUUGAGUGCGGAAAUCCACUAGGUAGUCACUCUGGAAUUAACAAAAUUGGCGGCGUUUAUUAUUGUAUUCCUUGUUUACCACCCCAGUUCAGUUCCAAAUUAAACAAUAUAUUUAUGGCUCUCUUGUUUAAAACUCAAGACAGAAAACGUUUUGGAAAUCAAAAUAUCUUUAAUAUUAUUAUCGAAGAACUACAAUAUUUACAUGAAGUUGGGAUUGAAGUAUCCGUUUCAGGAAAAAUGCACAGAAUUUUCUUUCAACAUGCUUUAACAAAUGGAGAUAAUUUAGGUCAAAAUCAGAUGUUAGGAUUUGUAGAAAAUUUUAUAGCAAAUUACUGCUGCCGAUUUUGUAAACUUUCAAAAGAAAUGCGACACUCUCUUUGCUAUGAGAAGGCGGAGAUUUUAAGAACCGAAGAAAAUUAUGCCAUUGACUUAGAAUGCGGGGAUAUUUCAUCGACAGGUUUAAAAGAAAAAUGUGUAUUCCAUCGUUUUAAUUAUUUUCACGUAACAGAAAAUUAUUCAUGUGAUCCUAUACAUGAUCUUCUUGAAAGAAUUUGCAAAACUGACAUAGCAUUUAUUUUAUAUUACUUCAUUUCUACGUUGCGUUUCUUUUCUAUUGGUGUACUCAAUAACAGAAUCUCCACUUUUAAGUGCAACAUUAAAGUCCAAAAUUUACCGCUACCACUUGAUUUGGAGGAAUUGGGUAAAGGAACAUUAAGAUUAUCAGCAUCCGAAGUAUUAUUUCUUUCGAGAUAUUUACCUAUUUAUAUUGGUGAUUUUGUACCAGAAGGGAACGUUGUAUGGAAAUUGUAUUUAACAUUACGAAAAAUUUUAAAUAUUGUUACGUGUAAAUUUUUGCAAAAGGACACUUCAAAUUCAGAUUUAAUCUCCAAACACAAUAAAUUAUAUAAGCAAUUAACAAAAGCAAAGCUAACAUUUAAAUUUAAUAUGUUGACACAUUAUCCCCGCAUUUUUAAAGAAUGUGGACCACUGGAUUAUUUGUCUAGUAUGCGAUUUGAAUCAAAACAUCAAAUUUUUAAAACUUUUGCUAAUAGUAAUAAGAGUAGAGUUAAUAUUUUGAAAAGUUUGGCAAUUAAAUACCAAAUUAGCCUGGCAAAUACAUUUCUUGAAGACAAAUUAAACGCUGAUAGUUUGACAUAUGGCAAAAAGUUCCAUGUACAUCCAAUACCUACAAUCUUCCUCAACUAAUGCA